AUGUUUGUACCGCCUGGAUAUCACCUGAAUGCUGAAAUAGACAAUGAAGAUACAAAAGCGGAAAACCACGAGCAUGGUGGACCUGUGUAUACAUAUCCUGCAGGAAUUGGUACUACGAUUAUGAAUGGUUGUUGGGGGACAGGGUACAAACCUGGUGAUCCUUGUUAUAAAUCAUUAGGAGUAUCGACUGCCUGUCAGGUGUGUUUAUUAUUUAUCUGAUUUAUAUGCUAAAAACAGACAACUAAACAGAUGUACACAGGAUAACAGGAAAAGAGACCCAUAUUUCUGUUAUUACUAUUUUUUCACCGAAAAUUUCCGUAAUGUUCUAAAAUCUGUUUGCAUUUUUUCUGCAGAAUAUGAUUGACGGCGCGGCAUUUAUUGGUGUUGGUUUUGACGGACGUGGUAAAUAUAGUCCAGAGUCAAGAAAAAUGAGUAUUAUACAACGUUCUUGUGGUGGACGUCAAUAG